AUGCGUCUACCCAGAAGAACGGCGACACGUCUACCCAGAAGAACCGCCGACACAUCUACCCAGAAGAACGGCGACACGUUUAUCCGAGGGAACGCAGACACGUCUACCCAGAAGAACGGCGACACGUCUACCCAGAAGAACGCCGACACAUCUACCCAGGGGAAUGCAGACGCGUCUACCCAGGGGAACGCAGACACGUCUACCCAGAAGAACGCCGACACGUCUACCCAGAAGAACGGCGACACGUCUACCCAGAAGAACGGCGACACAUCUACCCAGGGGAACGCAGACGCGUCUACCCAGAAGAACGGCGACACGUCUACCCAGGGGAACGCAGACGCGUCUACCCAGGGGAACGCAGACACGUCUACCCAGAAGAACGCCGACACAUCUACCCAGGGGAACGCAGACGCGUCUACCCAGGGGAACGCAGACGCGUCUACCCGCAAGUCUACAAGGAAGAGAAAGGUUCCGGUAAAGAUGGCUUUGUGGAAGAAAAUGAAAAAGAACUGA